AUGAAUUGGGAAAAUACUCGCCCAGCUCAAGAAUCAGUUUCCGAACCAGCCAGACCAUCCGUUCACCAUGCCGUCUCUCAAAGCGCUCUUUCCGACUGCGCUUUCUCUCCUAUUCGAGCGGCCGGGUUUCUCACUCGCUAUGACCCAUCAACUGUUGAAGAGCGAAUGAAGUCUAUUCAAAGCUUACUGGCACAGAUUUAUCAUGACGACUCGUCACCGAAUUCAUUUAAAGAUAUGCGGAUAGCAUAUGACGGAAGUCUUUUCAGUCGACAUAGUCUGUUUCAGCCUCAUCGACUCACGUCAGAGAUGCUGCAGACGUUCGAUCAACCUCAGUUAAUAAAAGAAAUCACUGUGUUGAUGAGAGAAAUUGAGCGUGCUAACCAACGACUUGUCAAAAUGGUCCGACAGCGAUCAUAUUACAAGGCAAAGCAGGCCACAAAAUGUGCCAUUGUUAGUGCGAUUUUGAUGGCGAACUCUUCGAAAACCAGUGCGGAUUCGAAACUGCGGUUCAGUCUUAAACCGCCAUCGACUCGCGAAGGAGUAGAGGAGUGGAAGAGAGCUAUGCGAGUAAUGGCUCGUAUGCCUGGCGGACUGCCAAGUCUCAUCAGAUGCAAGGCUAGUUUUGGUCGUCUUCUCAUGCGGAUCACCAAAUAUAACAUGAUCGUGAAGUUGUCCAAUACUGUUUUAUUUAUGACGAAAGGUGGUGCACCGGCAUCUGGCCACUUAUCACACUUGUGGUCAGCAUUGGGCGACUUGUACAUACUAUCAGCUGGGUUGGAUUGGGAUGACAUUCGGAGCAGCACUUUCAGCGAGAAAGGUUCAACCAGACGACAGCAAAAUCCACUCACAAAUACUCAA